GCAGAGUGUGAGGAGGGUCCGGGAGGCGGGGACCGGAGCGCGGUGACCUGUCAUGGCUCAGGCGGCCAAACAGCUGAAGAAAAUCAAAGACAUCGAGGCGCAGGCCCUCCAGGAGCAGAAGGAGAAGGAGGAAUCCAACAGGAAGCGGCGGAACCGCUCCCGGGACCGAAAGAAGAAGGCGGACGCUGCUACCAGCUUCCUGAGGGCAGCGCGCUCAGGUAACCUGGACAAGGCUCUGGAUCACCUGCGCAAUGGGGUGGACAUUAACACCUGUAACCAGAACGGGCUGAAUGGUUUGCAUCUGGCUUCUAAAGAAGGUCAUGUGAAGAUGGUCGUUGAACUCCUGCACAAAGAGAUCAUUCUGGAAACAACCACCAAGAAGGGGAACACAGCUCUGCACAUCGCUGCCCUUGCUGGCCAGGAUGAGGUGGUCCGGGAGCUGGUCAACUAUGGUGCCAACGUCAAUGCUCAGUCUCAGAAAGGCUUUACCCCCUUGUACAUGGCGGCCCAGGAGAACCACUUGGAGGUAGUGAAGUUUUUACUGGAGAAUGGAGCCAAUCAGAACGUAGCCACAGAAGAUGGCUUCACUCCCCUGGCUGUGGCUCUGCAGCAGGGCCACGAGAAUGUGGUGGCCCACCUCAUUAACUAUGGGACGAAAGGGAAGGUGCGCCUCCCGGCCCUGCACAUCGCAGCCCGCAACGAUGACACACGGACAGCAGCUGUGCUUCUGCAGAACGACCCCAACCCAGACGUGCUCUCCAAGACGGGAUUCACCCCCCUCCAUAUCGCAGCUCACUAUGAGAACCUCAAUGUGGCCCAGCUGCUCCUCAACAGGGGGGCCAGUGUCAACUUCACACCUCAGAACGGCAUCACACCACUGCACAUCGCCUCCCGCAGGGGGAACGUGAUCAUGGUGCGGCUCCUGCUGGACCGAGGGGCCCAGAUAGAAACAAGGACCAAGGACGAACUGACACCUCUCCACUGUGCAGCUAGGAAUGGGCACGUGCGCAUUGCAGAGAUCCUGCUGGACCAUGGGGCACCCAUCCAGGCCAAAACCAAGAACGGCUUGUCCCCAAUUCACAUGGCGGCUCAGGGAGACCAUCUUGACUGUGUCCGGCUUCUACUGCAAUACAAUGCGGAGAUUGAUGACAUCACCCUAGACCACCUGACCCCACUCCACGUGGCAGCCCACUGUGGCCAUCACAGGGUGGCCAAGGUCCUUUUGGAUAAAGGGGCCAAGCCAAACUCCAGAGCCCUGAAUGGCUUUACCCCCUUACACAUCGCCUGCAAGAAGAACCACAUCCGGGUCAUGGAGCUGCUGCUGAAGACCGGAGCUUCCAUUGAUGCCGUGACUGAGUCUGGCCUGACCCCUCUCCAUGUGGCCUCCUUCAUGGGACACCUUCCCAUUGUGAAGAACCUGCUGCAGCGGGGGGCAUCGCCUAACGUCUCCAAUGUGAAAGUGGAGACCCCGCUACACAUGGCCGCCAGAGCAGGGCAUACAGAAGUGGCCAAAUAUUUGCUCCAGAACAAAGCCAAAGUCAAUGCCAAGGCCAAGGAUGACCAGACCCCCCUUCACUGUGCUGCUCGCAUUGGCCACACGAACAUGGUGAGGCUCCUCCUGGAGAAUGGCGCCAGCCCCAACCUGGCUACCACUGCCGGCCACACACCUCUGCACACUGCAGCCCGUGAGGGCCAUGUGGACACGGCGCUGGCCCUUCUGGAGAAGGAGGCAUCCCAGGCCUGCAUGACCAAGAAAGGAUUCACCCCUCUCCACGUGGCCGCCAAGUAUGGGAAGGCGCGGGUGGCCGAGCUGCUGCUGGAACGUGAUGCUCAUCCCAACGCUGCCGGCAAAAAUGGGUUGACUCCUCUGCAUGUGGCCGUCCAUCACAACAAUCUGGACAUCGUCAAGCUUCUGCUUCCCCGAGGGGGCUCCCCCCACAGCCCUGCCUGGAAUGGCUACACCCCUUUGCACAUCGCUGCCAAGCAAAACCAGAUGGAGGUGGCCCGCAGUCUACUGCAGUAUGGGGGAUCGGCCAAUGCAGAGUCGGUGCAAGGCGUGACCCCCCUGCACCUGGCUGCCCAAGAGGGCCACGCAGAGAUGGUCGCUCUUCUCCUCUCCAAGCAAGCCAAUGGCAACCUGGGGAACAAGAGUGGACUCACUCCUCUCCACCUGGUGGCACAAGAAGGCCAUGUCCCCGUGGCAGAUGUACUGAUCAAACACGGCGUCACCGUGGAUGCCACUACCCGGAUGGGCUACACCCCCCUCCACGUGGCCAGUCAUUACGGAAACAUCAAGCUGGUGAAGUUUCUGCUACAGCAUCAGGCAGACGUCAAUGCCAAGACCAAGCUAGGAUACAGUCCCUUGCACCAGGCAGCCCAGCAAGGACACACGGACAUUGUGACUCUGCUCCUGAAGAAUGGUGCUUCCCCAAACGAGGUCAGCUCGAAUGGAACCACACCUCUGGCAAUAGCCAAGCGUUUGGGUUACAUCUCCGUAACAGAUGUGCUCAAGGUUGUCACAGAUGAAACCAGUGUAGUGUUAGUCAGUGACAAGCACCGGAUGAGCUACCCUGAGACUGUGGAUGAGAUCCUGGAUGUAUCCGAAGAUGAAGGAACUGCUCACAUAACUAUAAUGGGUGAAGAACUAACUGGCUCCAAGGCUGAGAGGCAGGACUCCAGGGAUGUAGAUGAAGAGAGAGAGCUGUUGGAUUUUGUGCCAAAGCUAGACCAAGUGGUUGAAUCUCCGGCCAUCCCGAGAAUUCCUUGUGUCACUCCUGAGACUGUGGUGAUCCGGUCUGAAGAUCAGGAGCUGAUAUCUAAAGAGUAUGAUGAAGACUCACUCAUCCCCAGCAGCCCGGCCACAGAAACCUCAGACAACAUCAGCCCUGUGGCCAGCCCUGUCCACACAGGGUUUCUAGUGAGCUUCAUGGUUGAUGCCCGGGGAGGGUCCAUGAGAGGGAGCCGUCACAACGGCCUGAGGGUGGUGAUCCCACCCCGGACAUGUGCGGCCCCCACACGAAUCACCUGCCGCCUGGUCAAGCCCCAGAAGCUGAGUACACCACCCCCGCUGGCUGAGGAGGAGGGCCUGGCCAGCAGGAUCAUUGCACUGGGACCCACGGGAGCCCAGUUCCUAAGCCCUGUGAUUGUGGAGAUCCCCCACUUUGCCUCCCAUGGCCGUGGGGACCGUGAGCUGGUGGUUCUGAGGAGUGAGAACGGCUCUGUGUGGAAGGAGCACAAGAACCGCUACGGGGAAAGCUACUUGGACCAGAUCCUCAACGGCAUGGAUGAAGAGCUGGGGAGCCUGGAGGAGCUGGAGAAGAGGCGUGUGUGCCGCAUUAUCACCACAGACUUCCCCCUGUACUUCGUGAUCAUGUCACGGCUCUGCCAGGAUUACGACACCAUUGGCCCCGAAGGGGGCUCCCUGAAAAGCAAGCUGGUGCCCCUGGUGCAGGCAACGUUCCCUGAAAACGCUGUCACUAAAAAAGUGAAGCUGGCUCUGCAGGCCCAACCUGUACCCGAUGAGCUCGUGACCAAGCUCCUGGGCAACCAGGCCACUUUCAGCCCCAUCGUCACCGUGGAACCAAGACGCCGGAAGUUCCACCGUCCCAUUGGUCUUCGGAUCCCACUCCCGCCCUCGUGGACAGAUAACCCGAGGGACAGUGGGGAGGGAGAUACCACCAGCCUGCGCCUACUGUGUAGUGUCAUCGGCGGAACUGACCAAGCCCAGUGGGAAGAUAUAACGGGAACAACCAAGCUUGUGUACGCCAAUGAGUGUGCCAACUUCACCACCAACGUUUCAGCCAGGUUUUGGCUGUCCGACUGCCCCCGGACUGCUGAGGCCGUGAACUUUGCCACCCUGCUGUACAAAGAGCUGACCGCAGUCCCCUACAUGGCUAAGUUUGUCAUCUUUGCCAAGAUGAAUGACCCCCGGGAAGGACGGCUGCGUUGCUACUGUAUGACGGAUGACAAGGUGGACAAGACGCUGGAGCAGCAUGAGAACUUCGUGGAGGUGGCCCGGAGCAGGGACAUAGAGGUUCUGGAAGGAAUGCCCCUGUUUGCAGAGCUCUCUGGGAACCUGGUGCCCGUGAAGAGGGCAGCCCAACAGAGGAGCCUCCACUUCCAGUCGUUCCGGGAGAACCGUCUGGCCAUCCCUGUGAAGGUGAGGGACACCAGCCGUGAACCAGGAGGGUUCCUGUCAUUCCUGCGCAAGGCGAUGAAGUACGAGGACACACAGCACAUCCUCUGCCACUUGAAUGUCACCAUGCCCCCCUGCUCCAAGGGCAGUGGAGCUGAGGACCGGAGGAGGACCCUGACGCCCCUGGCCCUGCGAUACAGCAUUCUCAGCGAGUCCCCGCUGGGUUUUCCCAGUGGUGCAGACGGUGCCGAUAUGAAGAUGGCUGUCAUCAAGGAGCACCUGGGCCUCAGCUGGGCCGAGUUGGCCCGGGAGCUGCAGUUCAGUGUGGAAGAUAUCAACCGGAUCCGUGUGGAAAACCCCAACUCCUUGUUGGAGCAGAGUGCGGCCUUGCUGACCCUCUGGAUUGCUCGGGAAGGCGAAAAUGCAAAAUUGGAGAAUUUGUAUACAGCCCUGCGGAACAUCGACCGGAAUGAGAUUGUGAACAUGUUAGAGGGCUCAGGCAGGCAGAGCCGCAACGUGAAGCCAGACAGGCGACACGGGGACCGGGACUAUUCACUGUCGCCCUCCCAGAUGAAUGGUUACUCCUCACUGCAAGACGAGCUGCUGCCCCCUGCCUCCCUGCCCUACACGCUCCCCUCUCCGCUGUGCGCAGACCAGUACUGGAACGAGGUGGCUGUCAUAGACGCCAUCCCCCUGGCGGCCACGGAGCAUGACGCCAUGCUGGAGAUGUCUGACAUGCAAGUGUGGUCUUCUGGCCUCACGCCCUCCCUGGUCACUGCUGAAGACUCCUCUCUGGAGUGCAGCAAGGCCGAGGACUCUGACGCCACACAGGAGUGGAAACUGGAGGGGGCACUCUCAGAGGAACCACAGGGCCCAGAGCUGGGCUCUCAGGACCUGGUGGAGGACGACACGGUCGAUUCAGAUGCCACAAAUGGCCUGGCCGAUUUGCUUGGCCAGGAGGAAGGUCAGAGGUCAGAAGAGAAGAGGCAGGCGGUCUCAGGCACAGGGCAGGACUCGGAGACUGAAGUGUCUCUUGUUUCAGGCCAGCAGCGGGUGCACGCCCGAAUCACAGAGUCGCCCCCGGUGAGGCAGGUGCUGGAGAGCAGCCAGGCCAGACUACAGGACUGGGAUAAACAAGGCUCCAAAGUAUCCCAGCUGCAAGAAGCUGCCCAAGGCUCCUGGCCAGAGGAGGUCGUGCAGGGCCCACACUCGUUCCAGAGAAGGGUCACCACCAUCCAAGGGCUGGAGCCGAGCACAUCUCAGGAAUUUGAGAAGAUGCUGGUAUCUGCAAGAGAGCACGGGCCGGCGGGGGCAGCUGAGGCUGGCAGCUCCCAGGCAGGCAGGGACCAGAGCCCGUGGGCCUUGGAAAGCACCUUCUCCCAGGAAGUACAGGGUGAUGAGCUUCAAAAUAUUCCAGGCGAGCAGGUGACAGAGGAACAAUUCACGGAUGAGCAGGGCAACAUCGUCACCAAGAAGAUCAUUCGAAAAGUUGUUCGGCAGGUUGAUUCCUCCAGUGCCGACGCCACCCAGCAGCAUGAGGAGGUGGAGCUGAGAGGGAGUGGCCUACAGCCGGACCUGAUAGAGGGCAGGAAGGGGGCUCAGAUAGUGAAGCGGGCCAGCCUGAAAAGGGGCAAGCAGUGAUCUGAGUCCCUCUCUCGCUGGACUGGCCCCUCGGAGGAUCACACCUCAACACCCAAACCCUGAACUCCACACACUCUGCCAUGCACACAGGAGGAGAGACGGACCAGAGGGCUAACUGAAGUGCCGCACAAGUUCUAGGCUCCCGGCAUGACCUCUGUAAGGGACUUCCUUUAGUCUCCUACUCGCAUGAGUGACUGACUGUAGACGCAUGACCUUCAGUCUUCAAUUCUGCCUCUGGCGACUGUGGAUCUCUGUGAGAAUCAGGACAAAGACAGCAUGAAGGGGGAGAGGAGCAAGUGGGAGAGGAAACAAAUGCAAAGGGGCAUGGGUGCAAAAGUGAACCAGGGCUCUGUUGUGGCUGGGGGAUGGUUUUGUGGGGGGUUUUUUUGUUAUUGUUGUUUUGUUUUGAUCUUGACUUCGUACAGGGUAUUUUUGUUCAACUUCAUCUGUAAGAAAUCCAUAUGGGCUUCCUGGAAAGAGAAAAAUGAAAAGUAGGCAUGAAAUCAGUGUAGCGCCUUCAUUCCAUGUCUUCACCCACCAGCUCCCAGCACCUUGCACAUAACCACAAGCCACUUGUGACAGGCCCCUCCCCAGCCCCCAGCGGACCGCUCCUCCCUGAAGUCCCCGGGUGACAUUCAGGACACAUACACGCACAGGGGCGGACAUACACCUUUCCCCUUCACCCAGCCCACGCGAUGACUUUACUGUGACCUCUAAAGCUGUGUAGCAUCUCUUGUGGAUAAACUGGAAUUUUUUAUGUUCUCUCUCUCUCUCUCUGCCAGUUAUAGUAUCCAUCAUCUUCCGGUGGGAAACCAUCACCCUGAGAGGACAUCUGGGGCUCCUUAUGCUAGGAACUUAAGAACCUGAGGCAAGGACCCCCCCCCCACAUCCCCCCUCCACAAACUUAGCAGUAGGGCUUAAAGGGAGCCAGGGCCCCAUCUGAAAGGUGUUCUCCUCUGGAGAAGGAGGGCCUGUGGCUGUCCCAGGAUCGCACCAGCAUGUUCCAAACAGGAGAGGUUUUCUAUAUCUUACAGCACUUCUCUAUAGUCUGUGUUCCAAGUGUAAACUGUACAGUAAUCAGCCUUGUGUAUAUGAAAACAAUAAAUACUAUGCAAACCAAUAGAAAACACUUUAGCAGUCUGUACCAAGCACUAACAGCUCAGCUCCUGAGGACUUCCCCGGGCUGCAGGAGAAGGAGCGCAGACUGUCUUUCGAUGAAAGAGGAAGGAAAGAAGGACGAAGUAGAGCUAGUGAACGUAUGUGGCUAGUUCCUACGUCAGACCACCCCGAGGUCUCCCAGAGCCAACUUGGUGCUUGAAGCCCAGGCGCUGGGCUCAGGCUGGGCAGCCCCGGUGCCCGGCUCUGACCACGCGGACAGAGGAGGACAGAGCUGCUAAACCCACCAGGAGGCCGGGGGCUGGGAAGACACCCUUUCCCCAGGCUCCCCAGGCCGGGGGCAGGAAAAGGAACCCACCUGGGAGCCCGUCAGAGAAGAGCCUUAACGUUACCCUAGAGCCUCCGGCAGAGGGAGGCUCGAAUCAGCACAAUCCGGCCCCGCCCUGACCCGGGCGGGCGCCCCCCGAGGCCGGGAGAGAGACUGCCAGGCUCUUCUCGCUCUCCCGGAGGCCCCCGCCGAGUCCCCCGCCGGCCGCCCGUCGGGGACACCGAAACCUUCCAAGUAGCACAGAAGCGCCCUCCGUGUCCGCGAGCCCACGGCCCUGGAGACCAGCCCCGGGUGCCCUCGCCCGG